AUGGCGACUAAACGAACGCAAUCACAACGGCCCCCGGGUCUCCAGUCGACGUCGCAAAUAUUUGACCCUAUAUAUACCAGUGAACUUGAUUCCGACGAAUCAGGGGUUUCCACUGAGGAAGAACAAGAUCCUACGUAUGAUUAUUCGUCAGAAGAGAUGGACUACCUAGAAGUCCAAGAUGACGAUGGUGAGAACGUAGACGCUGCUACGGAAGACCUAGACGACGAAGUCGUUGACAUAGUGGCGGAGGAGGAUGAUAUUGGACUACCUGAAAAUGAAGACAUGAACGGGGCAGAAUCAAGCGAAUUCGAAUGGGAUGUUGUGUCGUCAAGAUCUCGGAAUAGAACGUCUAGAGAAUCAAAGUCUAAGGUAAAUCAGCCGGUACAACAGAAAAAUCGGCAACGGGUUGAUAAAGCUGAACUGAAUAGAAGAAGUAUGUAUGUCAUCUAUGGUCUGUUUAUGAAUUCUUUCGAUAAACCUGCUUACAGAAACUACUGUCUGAUCCAUAGACAGGACGAUGAGUACAGUCCCGGUGACUCUUCUUCGUCGACACCUAUCGCCGGCAAUCGAAUAAUGACAAAGCGACAAAGGGCCAAAUUAAAUGAGAAUUAUCAACCUGACUUGCUUCAACUACCGAUGGAAUCAACACGAAAAAAACAUCUGACAGAAGAGGAGAUUGCAUUGCGCAAAUCUGAAAUAGCACGGAGAAGAAAGCAUCAAAGUAUACAACGAGCAGAACAAGAUAAGAUGGACACAAUAAAUCGCCUGCUAAAAAAGCAAAAUACAAAGCGACGUAGUAAAGACCAGGAUGAUACUGACAACCAAGAAGGACAAUCAAAUACCGCGCGAAAACUACCGCCGCCACUACCGUUACCGACAUCAUAUCGAUAUAUUAAUUCAAAGGAAGGAAGUUUGUUAUCUAUACCAAUAGGAUACGAGUUUCCAAUUCCCUUUAUCAAAGAAACUAGAUAUCCGCCACCUGUCCCUCCUUGCUCGGUCACAGGUUGCAGUAAUCCAAAGAAAUAUCGUAGCACGAAGACACAUGAGAAUGCAUGUUCAAUGGAACAUUUGAAGUUAAUUGAUGGGAGAACAUGA